GCAUGUAAAAUAGUUUAAAGGUUUUUGGAAUUGUUAAAUAUUCUUCCUGAAGCUGGCGGUUUUAACUUAAGCUCUGCUGACCAAAGGUGAUUUUAAUAGUAUUGCACCACAAUCUCUCUCAAGGGUGGCGUGUAGCAGCGUUUGCACGUUGGCUGUAAGGAGAGCGGUAUUAUUUGUUUGCGUGGUGCUGUCGUGUGACUCUCUCCCCCUCCUCUCUCGCUCUCCCAGGUGCAGCGAUGAUGCGUGGCCGUGGCGGGGUCCCCAGGCUGGCUCUGAGAAGGGGGCUGCGGCAGCGCGGGGGGGUGAUGGGCCGCGGGGCGCCUCUAAUGGGCCGGGGGGCCGUGGGGCUGGGCCGAGGAGGACUGGGAGGCAGAGGUCGUGGAGGAAUGGGGCUCCGGGGUCGCGGCGGGUUCGUUGGGCGCGGCAGGGGUCGCGGGCGCGGGAGGGCGGUGGGGCACCCCAACGUCACCAGAGAACAGCUGGACAAUCAGCUGGACGCCUACAUGUCCAAAACCAAGGGACACCUGGAUGCAGAGCUGGACGCUUACAUGGCACAGGCAGAAGCAGACGGCAACGAAUAACAAUGACCCAGACACUGGAACCCAACUGGAAAUAACCUGCUCUCUGUCACACACACACACACACACACACACACACACGCUCUCGCCCUCUCACUUGCAUACAGACCCGUCACACAGCUGGGGUGAAGAGAACAACAAAUACGGAGGGACUGGAUUGUUUCUGGGUAAACGAAUGUACUGCCACUUGAAUUUUUGGGCAUGAUAACUUGGGUGACUGUGUUUUGUUUAAAUAGCGCCACACACACGCACUGUUUUGUGAGUUCUGGAAUAUCUCCCUCCCACUCUCCCUAAAUUGAACUGAUGGUUUUAAAAUGUUGCAGACCCUCCUUUUGGAUAUUAUGCCUGUUCUGUGUGGGUUUUUUUUUUUUUUUUUUUUUUAUAUAUAAAAUGUUUUGUU